AUAACGGUAUAAGGAGUUAAAAAUGGAAAAACAAAUGAAACUAUAAUAUAUUUACAUCAAUUUACGCUUAAUUUUAUCAUUUAUUCCUAAAUUAAUGUCAAAUUAGAAAAUAUAUUAAAGGCUUAAUUUUAGCCUAAAAGCUACAUAUAUUUAUAUAUCAACCCUUAAUUUUUUAGUUAGAGUUUCACAAUACUAUUUUAAAGAUAAAUCUUUUGCCCAUACCUUGUUCAUAAGAGUUUUAAAAAUUCUCUUUUUCAUCCCUCUGUUAAAAUGUGAGUAAAAAAUAAGCCAAACAAGCAACCUAGUGUCUGAAGCCUAAUUUAUCUAACACGACCUCAAAAACUAAAAGUUAUUCCCUACCAAAUUAAAAAAAAAUAAAAAAAAAAUAAAAAAAAAACUUAAGAUUGACAAAAAUUAUCCAAAUUAGUAAAACUUGAAAAAAAUUACCAAAAAAAGUGGUGAGUGACUAGUCUCGGACUCGUCGCCCACAUAUCCAAUAUAGUUAGCCCUCAUUCUCAAACUCCCCCCAUUUUUAUUAUUUUUAUUACUCCCCCAUUUUUUCUUUUUAUAUUAUUUCAAAUUUCUCUCUCCUUCUUCUUCAACCUCCUGACAUUUCUCAAUUUUCUCCAUUUUUAUUUCCCAGAAAUUCUCUGUAUUUUUUUUAAUUUCUCUAAAAAUUCUCUAUAACAAUGGAUAUUGGAGCGCAGUACAACCCCCGAACUGUUGAAGAAGUUUUUAGGGAUUUUAAGGGUCGUCGUGCUGGUUUGAUUAAGGCUCUCACUACUGACGUUGAGGAUUUCUACCAACAGUGUGACCCAGAGAAAGAAAACCUCUGCUUGUACGGAUUCCCCAGUGAGCAGUGGGAAGUCAAUCUUCCUGCUGAGGAGGUACCUCCUGAGCUUCCUGAGCCUGCUUUGGGCAUUAAUUUUGCAAGGGAUGGGAUGCAGGAGAAGGAUUGGCUAGCUUUGGUUGCUGUUCACAGUGAUGCCUGGUUGCUUUCUGUUGCAUUCUACUUUGGAGCUAGGUUUGGGUUUGAUAAAGCUGAAAGGAAGCGGCUGUUUCAUAUGGUCAAUGAACUCCCUACUAUAUUUGAGGUUGUGACCGGCUCUGCUAAGAAACAAGUGAAAGAGAGAUCUUCGACUCCUAAUCACAGCAACAACAAGCCAAAGUCAAACUCUAACUCCAAAUCGGGCAACAAGUACUCAAAGGUUACUCCACAGAAGGUGGAGGAAGAGGAGGAAGGCUUAGAAGAUGAUCAGGAUGAGGAUGAGCAUGGGGAUACUCUAUGCGGGGCAUGUGCGGAAAGCUAUGCAUCAGAUGAGUUCUGGAUUUGCUGUGACAUAUGCGAAACGUGGUUCCACGGAAAGUGUGUGAAGAUCACUCCCGCCAGAGCUGAGCACAUCAAGCAAUACAAAUGCCCUUCUUGCAGUAACAAGAGAGCUCGACCGUGAAUACAUGAAACCCACAUUGUUGCCUGACAUGGGGUACCAAGUUAACCUUCGCUCCUGUCCAUUAGUUAUGUAUGCUCUUAUCGGCUACAACUUGUGCAUGUCUCUAGAACUUCUCUUAGGAUCUAGGAUCUUUGGUAGUGGACCUGAAAACUUCUUAAGCCUGUAGAUUAUACCUCAUUGAGGUCUAUAAAUUUUCUAUUAUUAUAAUUAUUGUCUGCAAACAUAAUUAGUUCUAGAGUACUUAAUAUUGCAGACAGGUAUGUAAUUUUUCAAGUAGAUUGCAUCAACGUACUCGGAUUUUUCAAAGAAAAUGAUGGAAAUUAUUGCGUUUGUGUUACUUUCA